AUGUAUACAAUCAAAUUGACACAGAGAAAAUUGGAGAAUGCUGAGAAGUUGAAAAAAUCAACGGAUAUUUCAAAGCCAAAUGCAUUACUCAAGGAAGUUCGGAAUGACUUUUAUAAUAUUCACAGUGAAAUUAUACUUCUUCGACCCCAACUUAGGAAAUUGGAAGAUUCAGAGAAGAAGGACAAUGCAUCAACGGAAGUUCAAACACUAAAGCAAUGGCUCGACAUUGUUCGAAAUUUCUCAAGUAUAAUAAAAUUUGCUUUUCAACUUCAUGAUCAUCAGUUUAUUGUGUUAGUUGGCCACACUGAAAGUAGACUUUACCAGAGAACGUAAUUGUUUCGUUUAGGCACUAGUUGAAAAAUAAUCAAUCAUGUAGGCAAUGCUUUUCACCGAGAGAAUAUCAUCAGUAGAUGCUGCGAAUAAUAAUAUUUAGGAUUUAUUUUGUUGACUUUCUAUAUUUAUUUAAUUGUAUCGUCAAUUAAAAAUCUGGUUUUCGAUAAAGUUCAAAUACGUCAUGGUUUUAUUGAAAUUUUUAUUGAGUUAAAUUUACUUAAACUUUUUCAAACACUGUCAGUUUCAUUUAGU